ACCGUCACCACGGUGGGCCUCAGGUCUGGAACUAGUACCACCCCCUACAGUAAGGAGCAAGAGGAGAGAGCUGCCGCUAUCCUGCGAGAGAGGAAGGAGAGAAUGGAGAAGAGGGAACUGAUUAAGCAGGCCAAGAUCCUGGCCCUAUUGGAGGCGCAAGAGGCAAAGAAAAGGCAGAUGGAGGAAGAGCUGAAGAAAUGGACGGAGCAGGAGGAGAAAAUGGCGUUUAUACAAGCGGAGGUGGAGAAAGAAGAAGAACAAGAAAAGCAGGUGGAAGAAGAAGUACCGUUGGAAAGGAGAAGAGUGGAGCAAGUACGAGUAAGUAAGGAGGAGGAGAUUGAAAAGACCACACAAGAAUGGACCGCACAUUUGGAGCUGGGAGAAGAUAGGGAGGUCGAGCUGGCCAUACCCCAAGCAGAGAGAGAAGCGGCGAGGAGAGAGCUGGAAGCAGAGAGGGACUCGGUGAUGAGAAAGGCGGAAGAGGAGCAGCAGCAGAGGGCAUGGAAGUGGCACCUAUCUCAAGAAAGAGUUCGGCUCAGCAUCCUCGCAGACAAUAGCAGAAUGUGCGUUGAAGAGUAUGUUGAGGGGUUCCAUGCCUACUUUCGCCUCGAGAAAGAUGGGAAGGUAGAUAAAGUAUUACACUCCUUGACCCUCCUCGUAGAAGAGAGUCUCCCGUUUGACAUUGUGUUAGGCACAGAUUGGGGAGAGGCAGCAGGAGCCACACUUCACCUUAGAGAGCAUGAGUGCAGGCUCCCUAGCGCGUCAGGCGAAGUCAAGCAAGUCCGCCUGUUCCAUGAGUCCGGGGAAGAUAAUCCCCUUGCCCAUUGCUGCCUCAACGCUCCUGCAUUCGCUAGACUUGUGCGAAAGGAGCAGCUUGAAGAGCAGGUGUUUGUAGCCUAUGUUAGGCCGAUUUCUGACCAGCCCAAGGAAGAGGAGAAGAUCCAUCCUACUAUCGCCAGUCUGCUAGAAGAGUACAAGGACUUAUCUCAAGCACCGUCAGGAGUAGUGCCCAGACCAAUCCAACACCGUAUAGAGAUAGAACCUGGCAGUAGAACGCCUAAGGGGGCAGUUUACAGGAUGUCUCCCAAGGAGCUAGAGGAGCUUCGCAAACAGUUGGACGAGCUCCUGGAGAAAGGAUGGAUCAGGCCUAGCUCGUCACCGUUUGGCGCACCUGUUCUGUUUGUCCCAAAGAAAGAGGGAGAGUUACUCAUGUGCAUAGACUACAGGGGGCUGAACGCCAUCACAAUUAAGAAUGCAGAGCCAUUGCCACGUAUAGAUGACUUGUUGGAUCGCGUGCAGGGAUGCAAGUAUUUCUCAAAGAUAGAUUUGAAGUCAGGUUACCAUCAAAUAGAAGUGCACCCUCACGAUCGGUAUAAAAUGGCGUCCAGGACAAGGUAUGGGCAUUACGAGUUCAUAGUGAUAUCGUUUGGACUUACUAAUACACCGGCUACAUUUCAGCGCUGCAUGAACGACUUGUUUAGACCGUGGUUGGAUAGGUUCGUCGUAGUUUAUUUAGACGAUAUAUUAGUGUUCAGCAAGACCCUCGAGGAACAUGAGGGCCAUCUGCGGCAGAUUCUAAGCAAGCUGAGAGAGUCUAACUUCAAGAUUAACCCAAAGAAGUGCGAAUGGGCCAAGACAGAGGUCCUUUACCUAGGCCAUGUACUAGACGGCGACGGCAUUUGGCCUGAGGACAGUACGAUUGCAUCCAUUAGAGACUGGCCAACUCCUAAGACGCUGACAGAGUUGCGCUCAUUUUUAGGACUGGCUAGCUACUAUAGGAAGUUCGUGAGGAACUUCUCUACGAUUGCUGCUCCCCUUCAUAGAUUACUGAAGAAAGAGACAAUUUGGAAGUGGGACCAGGAUUCCACGUCAGCAUUCAAGAAAUUAAAGAAGGCUCUAAUAGAGUACCCUGUCCUCAAAGUUUCUGAUCCGUCAUUACCAUUUGUCGUCACUACAGACGCUAGUCAGUAUGGCAUGGGUGUCGUUCUACAGCAAGAUGACGGCAACGGUUAUAGGCCCGUGGAGUUCAUGUUAGCCAGGCUGCCCUCAGCGAAAGUUGCAGCAUCGACAUAUGAGAGGGGAUUCUACGCUCCCAGGCAGGCCUUAGAUCACUGGAAACACUACCUGCUUGGGAGGCACUUCAAGGUAUAUUCUGAUCAUGAGACUCUUAGAUGGCUAAAGACACAUGCCAAGAUGACGCCCAAGUUGACUAGAUGGGCUGUUGAGAUAAACCAAUUUGAUUUUGAGUUAAAGCCUGUAAAAGGAAAGUAUAGCGUGGUAGCCGAUGCUCUGAGUAGGAGAGCUGAUUACUUCGGGGCAACAAUGCACUAUCUAGACAUAGGGGCCAAUCUACAGCAGAAGAUCAGAGAUGCAUACGCUCAGAACCUGAUCUACAGUGAGCUGCUGAAAAGAGUAAAGGAAGCCCCACAUAGUGAACCACACUACCGAACCACGAAUGGGCUACUGUUUGAGAAGACCAAUGUCGCUGACAGACUAUGCGUCCCCAAUAGUGAAGAGAUCCGCAGUUUGAUCUUAGGGGAAUGCCACGAUACAGAAGGGCAUUUCGGAUGGCAGAAGACUCUAGCUAAUCUCAUGAUGUCAUACACGUGGACAGGUAUGAAAGCAGACUGCAUAGAGUAUGUGCGCAGCUGCAAGGUAUGUCAGCCCAACAAGACUACAACAAGAGCCCCACUAGGGCUUCUUAGGCCCUUGCCAAUUCCAUCAGGACCCGGAGAUUCAGUGUCCAUCGACUUCAUGGAUACUGGGGUCAAAAGUAGGCACGGCAAGACUUGGGUCAUGGUCAUAGGGGAUCGAUUUAGUAAGUAUGCAGUUUUUGUUCCGCCACCGACAAAAGCGCGAACAUAUUUAGUAAUAGGAAAGUUCUUUGGUUUCUGGGUAAGCGAGCAUGGCAUGCCGCUGUCCAUAGUAAGUGAUAGGGAUACGCAGUUUACUAGCCAGAAUUGGCAGGAUCUUAUGAAAGUCUAUGGGUCUAAGUUAUUGAUGUCGUCAGGACGACACCUAGAGACUAACGGCCAGACAGAGCAGAUGAAUAAGAUCUUGCAGCAGCUACUCAGAAUGUACAUUAGACCAGAUCAGGUAAACUGGGAUGAGAUGCUUCCCAAGGAGCAAGCGCCUACAAUAAUAGUGUCCACCUAGCUACUUACAAGACUCCUAAUGAGCUACAUAAGUCCUUUAGACCUAGGCGACCAUUUGAGGAACUAAAUUGGGACCAAAUACAAAGA